AUACUAUAUACAACUCGAAUAGCGAAGGUUGAACGUUAGUUAUUCCCAUAUACCUCUCUUGAUUAUAUUGAGUAUAUUUGAUGGUCGCUGAUGGGUCAAACACACUAAAACUAAACUAAAUUUCAAAACUAUACCAAAAUUUGUUUUUGAAAAUCUAUCCCCGGCACAAAGGUCGCACAGCAAAGGCCAUCAUGAAUUUGAAUAGUCUGACAAAAUUCCGGCGAUUUUUGAGUCCACAAUUAUUCAUCGCUAUCAGUGUCGUAUUGCUGUUAUUAAUAACCACCGGCGUUUUCUACUUCAUUUGUUAUUCUAACAUAGGCCUAUUUUAUGCUGAGCAGAGGUUCCAAUCUAUUAGGAAUGUGAUGGUAGACGACACCAAUAUUGCCAAACUUUCAUGUGACAACAAGAAUCUGGACGAAACGAUAGAUUUUUUAUACCAAGAGAAACAAAUUCUAGAAGGAAAAAUUAAUGUUUGCCAAAACGAGAUGCUAAGCCUGAAAAAAACAUUGCAAACUGAGAAAGAAAAGGAAAUUCAUUUAAAAGCCAACACGACGACAACAGCAGCACUCGAUCGAAAGUUAUUUAAUUACAUGGCGACACAUUUGCGGAACACGCCCUACCCCGGAGCGGAAAACUACACCCGGUACACGGUGGCUCGCCUAGGGAUGUUGCCGUUGGCCGGAAUCGAACCACUCAAACCGGAAUACGGUCCCGUGAUUAAUAAUUUUACGUCGUUUCGGUAUCCCAUCACCAUUUCGCCGUGUCAAAAAGUGAAAACAGAUUAUCCAAGUGUUUUCAUCGCUGUCGUAUCGGCCCCGGAUAAUUUCGAGAAGCGAAACAUAAUCCGACAGACGUGGCGAACUCAUCUCAAUCUCGACGAUCACAAAAAAAUGAUGAACAUUAUCGGAUUCGCUUUCAUUUUAGGAUUGGCGGACAAAAAUGUAACGCAAAUCAAAAUCGAAGAAGAAAGCAAAACUCACAAAGACAUCCUUCAAAUUGAAAUCCCUGACAUAUAUUAUAGAUUGGCUAUUAAAGUGGCUGGCCUCUUCAACUGGUUGAACAGAUACUGCGCAGCACAAAUUGAUUUUCUACUGAAGGUGGACGACGAUGUCUACGUCAAUGUGCGCAAUCUAGCUCAUUUCGUUAACGAGCAGAAGGUGCAACCGUCCAUCAAUCAGACGUUGUUCGGUUCCUAUAUUGGUUACGGUAGAGACUACAUUCCUGAUCGAGAAGGAAAACAUUUUAUCUCAUACGAGGAGUGGCCAUGGACUAGAUAUCCUCGUUUUUUUAAUGGGCCGGGUGUGGUCAUUUCCGGGAAUUCAAUUCUUUCUUUAUUGGCUGCCAUGCAAACGACGCCUAUAAUGACGUCUGAUGACGUUUAUUACAUCGGUAUUUGUACAGAAAAAACUAACAUCACUCUUCAUUUUUCUUCCAAAUCGACCAGCGUCUUCUCGAUGGAAUGCCCUGACUUAUCCCGACCCUGCAAUCUGCGUCUUUUUGUUUCAUGGCUGACUUCUUCGGGCAGUUUAAUGAAUCAGUCUCACGUGGCUAUUGAAAACUUCUAUCAAAAUAAAACCCAAUGCGUCGUCAGCACCGGAUCAAACGGUACCAACACGACAAUUAACCAAAAUGAGCCUGUUCAUUUUUACUUUGAUGCAUAUUUUCACCCAUCCGUUUAGCCUGCGGAAUCAAGGCACAAUACAUUAUACGUACACUAAACUUC